AUCUGUGAUGUUACUUCCUGUAUCAUAGAUGGUUUGUAGACUCUUAAUGGUUUGCAGUGACUGUCAGCUAACUCUGAAAUUAGAGUAAAUCUAUUUUGAUAGCUAAUAAAAUGUUUUGUUAGUAUAUCCAUUUUACAUAAAAUAAAGUGUUUUGUUAAUGCGUCAUUUAAAAAAAAAAAUAAGUUGAACGGUGAUGGAGAACAUUUGAGAGUGCGAGUGUGAAAGAUUCUGUGUUAAAGUUCAGCAGGUCCUCAGCAAUGAAGUUUUCCUCCAGACUCCUGUUCGGGCUCCUCAUGCCAUGCCUUUAUUUCAGAGGUUCAAGUGAGUUGUCUGUGAAUCAGAGUCCAUCCAGCAUCACUGUGAAUGAAGGAGAGUCUGCUCAAAUCAGCUGCUGCUGGAGUACAUCCACACACAGUGUUAAAGUCGUUUGGUACAUCAAUGAGACAAAACUUUCAGAUCCAAAGCAGAAACUCCAAGAUCAUCAAAACAUGAACUGUUCAAUUCUCAACCUCACAAACAUACAGAAGAAUGAUACAGGUCAUUAUGUUUGUGAAGUUACUCAAGAUAUACCAGUCCUGGAAAAGAAGAACGGCACUGGAACACAGUUAUUUGUUGCAGUUAGUAAACUAGAUGCAACUAUGACUGGUAUGAUUCUUCUGUUUCUAGAAUAUUUUAAUGCAAAUUCCAGUCCCAAAAGUCAUACCAUCUGUUUAUCAUCUAUUCAAUAAUCUAAUUCUUCAGAUGAAGUUUCUCAUCUGCCUGAAACAACUGAGGCUUCAGACACAACAUUAGAUCCCAUGUCUUCAGCUCUAGUCAGCACAAUCGUCAUGUCCAC